UUGUUAUUAUUAACAUAAGUUGUGUUUAUGUUGGAUGUUUCCAAGUCAGAUCUAGUCUUGAACUCUUGACACCACGACAGUUCGUUUUGUUAUCAAUUAUUGUACACUUACAGUAAUAGUACUCUGCAUUUUUUGAUCAUUUUAUCCAUUGCAAUUAUUGAAUAACAGAUUAUAUAAUUUUUCUGACCGGUUAUUUUAUCAUGAGCGAAAACGAUCCAUGUGAAUGCUAUUGGAAUCAUGAGUUAUCCAUGCAGCGUCUACUGUCACUGCUACGUCAGUCACAGUCAGCAUGCACCGAUAUUGAUUGCUUGGAACCAGUGCCAAGAUUGGAUGGACCAUUAGCUUCAAAUGGUGAAGAAACUAACUUUAUUUUAUUAACUGGUAUUUGGGUUGUUGUUGCUUUGGCUUUGUAUUUUAUGCGUCCUAAUCCGGCGCGUACACAUGAUGAAGCUGUAAAAAAUCUACCAGGUGGUUCUGGUAAUAGUGGAUCAGAUGACCCACCUCCUCCGUCAAUGGGAGCUCAGUGAUGACCAGAUUUUAAGUUUUUAACAAUACAUUCUACAAGUAUUUUGAGCUUGCUCAAUCUCAAAUUCCCUUCCAUUAUUCCACAGAUAAUCAUUAUAACCAAAUAGAUUUAAGAACAUUACAUUUAAAUUGCAGUUUCUCACUUGACUGACUAAAGCCACUGCACUAAUGGGAAAGAUUUAUUCAUUUUUAUUUU